AUGGACGCCACGUCAACAGAGCAGUCAUCUGAUGACUCUGAUUCUGAUAUUGCACUUACUUCUUUGCAAUUCCUGAAAUCGGCGCCCAAUCAAGAAACUUUUUCAAGUUCAAUUUUCAUGAGCAUCCCAAUGUUGUCGUUUCCCAAGGCCAUCAGCAACAGAAGCCAACAGAAGGCAACAAUAAACCCUUAUUUUUCGAAUCGAUCGGCCGUUGAUGAAGUCUUGGACCUGCAUGAAAGAAUUGAGGGGGAACAAAUCACGGAAGACAGAACAGCAAGAUCCAUUAUUCAAAUCAGUAAGUCGGAGCAAUUUCUGGUCCAAAAUGUGCAAGAAAAGUGA